GUGUUCUCAAGUGACUGGAGUUCAGUGAGCCUUUCUCUAAUGAAAGUGCAAGGAUUUUCAUCUUCAUGACUUAAAUUCUGGACAGAUCUAUGUUGUUUUUAUCUCUGGACUUGAACAUAUUGACCACGGAGCCUGGUUUGGUGCCACUUUGACCUGUGCUGUCAGUGGCUGUUGGGGUUUUGUGGAAAAUGGACUAUCUUUGUGAAAUUGUGCAAGGCCUUGUUGCACUGGCUGUUCUUGCCUUAAUUGUGGUGUUACUGGUCGCCCACAUAACUGCUGGGAAAGUGAACAUGACACGCCACGAGAAGGAGAAAUAUUUCCUCAGUGCCACAGGGGAGAAACAAAUCUUUCCAAGUCUCCAGGAUCCCUUCUCCGUUGAACUGUCUGUAGUUGUACCAGCUUACAAUGAGGAGCUGAGAUUGCCUCUGAUGAUGGAAGAAGCUAUGGAUUACCUGGAGGAAAGACAGAAAAAGACUCCUUCUUUUACCUAUGAGGUCAUUGUUAUUGAUGAUGGCAGCAAAGACAAAACCACACAGGUUGCAAUGCAGUACACAAGGAAGUAUGGUGCAGACAAAGUGCGAGUGUUGACACUGGUGAAGAACAGGGGCAAAGGAGGAGCAGUGCGAAUGGGAACUCUGAGCUCCAGAGGCAGACUCAUUCUGAUGGCAGAUGCUGAUGGAGCCACAAAGUUCUGUGACAUUGAAAAAGUGGAAACUGCACUGAAUGAGAUUAACUCAAAACCAGAGAAUAUGGCCAUAUCCUGUGGUUCUCGGGCUCACCUGGAGAAAGAAUCUGUAGCUCAGCGCUCUCUGUUUCGAACAUUUUUGAUGUUGGGCUUUCACUUCCUGGUGUGGUUCUUUUGUGUGAGAGGCAUCAAGGACACACAGUGUGGAUUCAAGCUUUUCACUCGAGAAGCUGCAGUCAAGACUUUCUCCUGUCUUCAUGUUGAGCGAUGGGCUUUUGAUGUUGAGCUUUUAUACAUAGCCCAGUGCUUUAAGAUUCCCAUUGCAGAAGUAGCUGUAAAUUGGACUGAAAUAGAAGGGUCCAAAUUGGUCCCAUUUUGGAGUUGGCUGCAGAUGGGGCGAGACCUGGUUUUCAUUCGGCUUCGCUACCUCACAGGUGCAUGGAAACUGAAGGCGGCAGUAAAGACUGAUUAGGCAUAAACAAUUCCACAAACCUGUGAAUAAUGGGCUCUUAUAAAUGACCAAUAAGCCUUAAGAAGGGAACUAACAACUGUCUUGUCGAUGUCAAUCAACAAGCAAGACCAUAUCUUAUUUAUAACAUUGUAAUAAGGUGUGCAAUCUUACCACAGUUGUGGGAUUCCCAUGGUGUACAAAUGUUUGUUUGUGAUGGUCACCGUUACACGCACACAUUGCUGCAUACAGCACUGACUGAGUUACUUAUAUUUUUUGCCAGUCAAAUUGUUUUGAAUGUCUUUGUAAUGAAAUGUGAAGGAUGAUUAAACUGGAUCAGGACCCUGGCAGGGUGAGCAGAUGUUAUUGUUGCUGUAUGGGGAAUGUAGAUGAGGGCUGUGGUAAAAUGGAUGAAUGAAACAUCAUUAAAAGUUCAAAUAUAA